AUGGCGACUAAUAAAUCAUCGAAUGAUCAAUUAAAAAAUGAGAAUCAAUCGAUUCGACUUUUUUAUGAUCCAAAUUCUCUAUCAAGUUUUAAUGGAUAUCGUAUUGUUCAUACUCAUUUUAAUUUAAAUAUUGAUUUUGAUUCAAAUAUUCUUGAUGGUUAUGUUCAACUUGAUGUUAAACCAUUAAAUAAUGAAUUAUGUGAUCGUUCAUCAACAAUAAUAACUGAAAAUAAAGAAAUUCCAAAUAAUCAUGGAAAUCAAUUUGUUCUUGAUUCUCGUCAUUUAAAUAUAAAAAAAGUUCUUUUAAAAUCAAAUGAUACAGAAAAAUUACUUUCAUUUCAAGUUGAUACAGAACGUGAAUCAUUAAUUAUUGAAAUGAAUGAUAUAUCAACAGAUAUAAUUCUAUCUAUUAUUAUUUAUUAUUCAACAUCAAAUACAAAAUGUACAGCAUUACAAUGGCUUACAAAAGAACAAACAGCUGAUAGAAAAUAUCCAUAUAUGUUUAGUCAAUGUCAAGCUAUACAUGCACGUUCAUUAUAUCCAUGUCAAGAUACACCUGGUGUUAAAAGUACAUUUACAGCAACAAUAACAUGUCCAAAACCAUUGACUGUUUUAAUGAGUGGUUUACAAACAAAACAUGAUGAAAAUACAAAUACAUUUUAUUUUGAACAAAAACAAGCUAUACCAUCUUAUUUACUUGCUAUUGCUGUUGGACAUUUAGUUUCACAUGAUUUAAGUUCUCGUAUUCGUGUUUGGACUGAACCAAGUAUGAUUAGCCAAUGUCGAUAUGAAUUUGAAGAUGCAGAAAAUUUUUUAACUGCUGCUGAACAACUUCUGGGAGAAUAUCAAUGGAAAAGAUAUGAUUUUCUUGUUUUACCACCAUCUUUUCCUUAUGGAGGUAUGGAAAAUCCAUGUAUGAAUUUUCUUACUCCAACAUUACUUGCUGGUGAUCGUUCAUUAAUAAGUACAAUUGUUCAUGAAAUGACACAUUCUUGGACAGGAAAUUUAGUAACAAAUGAAAAUUGGGAACAUUUUUGGUUAAAUGAAGGAUUUACAUCAUUUAUUGAAGCAAAAAUACUUGGAAAUUUAGAUAAAACAAAUGGAAAAGAAGUAAGAAGAUUUCAUGCUGCUCAACAAUGGCAAGAUUUAAAAACUGCUAUUGAUACAUGGGGACCAACACAUCCAUAUACUUGUCUUGUUUAUCGAUUGAAUAAUGUUGAUCCUGAUGAUGCAUAUAGUUCAGUACAAUAUUAUAAAGGUGCAGCUCUUCUUUGGCAUCUCGAACAAAAUAUUGUUGGUUCUGAAUCUAAUUUUGAUGUAUUUCUUCGUUCAUAUAUAAUUAAAUUUGGACGAAAAAUUUUAAAUACUGAUGAUUUUAUUCAAUAUUUUCAAUCUUAUUUUCCUCAAGCACCAUCUGUUGAUUGGCAAUCAUGGCUUUAUACUCCUGGUAUGCCACCAAUAACACAUGAUUUUUCAACAAAACUUGAAGAACAAUGUCGUCAAUUAUCUACUCAACAAUCAUCUAUUACAAAAGAACAAAUGAAUAUGUUAAAUGCAAAACAAGUUGCUUAUUUAUUAAAUCUUCUUCUUAAUCAACAAUCAAUGAUAACUUAUGAUUAUAUAAAACAAUUGGAUAUUAAUUGUGAUAUGUCAAAAUAUUCAAAUUGUGAAAUUUGUUUUCGUUGGUAUCAAUUAUGUAUACAUGUUAAAUAUGAAAAACCUUUAAAUGAUAUAUUUAAAUUUCUUGAAAUAAAUGGACGAAUGAAAUUUGUUAAACCAUUAUAUACAGAAUUUAAAUCGUCAUGGCCAGAAAUGAUGCCAAGAGUACAAACUUUCUUUAAUGAACAUAAAAAAUAUAUGAAUCCAAUUACUGUUAAACAAAUUGAAAUUCGACUUAAUAAUUAG